CUUUCCAAUCUCUCUAAAUUCUCUAUUUGUCGUAAUUUUUUCCUGAGUUUUCGAAUAUCUCCUUGACUCCCGGCAUCCGCCAUCUUGAAUUACUCAGACGGCAUCUUUUUCUACGGAGGGAGCAAUGAACAGUGAAUUGUAAAUAAUACGUACAUAUCCCCACCCACCCCUACAUAAAUUGAUUUUGGUAACUUGUGUUUCCACUUAAAUAUUUUGGAAUUCAAAACAUAAGUUGUCAACAACGGUGAUGCAUGACUAUUUCGUUUUAAAUUCUCUUGAAUUUCUUGCCCAAAACUUACAAAUCGUACGAUCUAGAAAUUUGCUGUGGUCCGUACAACCUUCUUUUAAAGUUUGAAGUAAGUUAAAGCUGAGAAAAACUGCAGAAUUUGGACGAAUUUAGACGAGUAUAUUUCACAUGGCAACAACAUCAAAGGAUUCAACUGGCACGACAUAGAUGUCUGCUCAAAAUAAUCGUUCAACUGUUCGAUAUUUAUCGGAUUUUGAGAAAUCUGUCCUUCUAAACAAUUUUGAAAAGCGAGGAUGGAUAUCAUGUGAUGCAGAAGAUGACUGGAAUUUUUACUGGGCCAGUGUCCAUAGUGUCCGCAGUAUCUUCAAUGUUGAAACUGGUUACAGGCUGAAUGAUGACCAGAUUGUGAAUCAUUUUCCCAAUCAUUAUGAGCUCACUCGCAAAGACCUGAUGGUAAAGAAUAUUAAAAGAUAUCGGAAAGCUUUGGAAAGAGAAGGCAACUUGAUAGCGGAAAAAGAUGAACUUGGUCGUUACAUUUACUUGGACUUCAUCCCAAUCACUUUUCUACUCCCAGCAGACUAUAACCUUUUUGUCGAAGAGUUCCGUAAGAACCCCUCAAGUACAUGGAUUAUGAAACCAGCGGCCAGAUCACAAGGCUCUGGAAUAUUUCUAAUCAACAGGCUGUCCCAAAUCAAAAGAUGGUCUCGUGAUGGUCGUUCUGGCGUACCAUCCUACUCCAUGUCUAGGGACACCUAUGUUAUUUCGAGGUACAUUGAUAAUCCGCUUUUGAUUGGUGGAAAAAAGUUCGAUCUCAGAAUUUAUGUUUUGGUCACGUCUUAUCGACCACUCAAGUGUUACCUUUAUAAACUUGGCUUUUGUCGAUUUUGUACGGUGAAGUACAACGCUAAUGUCAAUGAGCUUGAUAAUAUGUUUGUUCAUCUCACUAAUGUUAGCAUUCAAAAACACGGAGACGAAUAUAAUCCCACCCACGGAGGUAAGUGGACGGUGGAGAACCUGCGACGGUAUCUUGAAGGAACUCGAGGUCAUGAAAAGGCAAGAAAGCUAUUUGAUGAUAUCCAUUGGCAAAUUGUUCAUUCGUUGAAGUCUGUCCAACAUGUAAUGAACAGCGAUCGCCAUUGUUUUGAGUGCUACGGGUAUGAUGUGAUCAUUGAUGAUAACCUCAAGCCUUGGUUAAUAGAGGUUAACGCUUCACCAUCAAUGACAGCAACCACUACUUCAGAUCGGAUCAUGAAGUACAAUCUUAUCAAUGACGUGAUCAAUAUCGUCAUGCCAACUGGCGAAGUCCCGGAUAUACGGUGGAAUAAGGUCCCACCGAGUGAAAAUUAUGGCAAUUUUGAAUUGUUGUAUGAUGAGGAAUUGGCAACACAAGAAACUGGAGAUGGCCGCGACCUCAAGUCCAAGGGAUCUGGGACUAACAUUGGCAAACAGGGCAAGGAUGCAAAACAGAGGCCGACAACAUGGCGUUAGCUACUGUAGCUACAAACAUUUUAUUUGGCUGGAAAACCUUGUUAAUAUGUUAAAUGAGACAUAAUGUUCAGUUCAAAGAGUUCAUUAAUUUGUUUGUAUUAUACUUUGUUUUCAAUAGUCUAUAAGAUCUAUUGAGUUAGUAAAUAAUAUAUAGCCUACAUCGCAUUUCACAUUGUAAACCAGUUUAGAUAAUAACUAAACUAAUAAAAACUAAGGCAUUGUAAUUGCAGUAUUUGAUUUUCGCCUCACUUGCUUUGAAACCUAAUUUAACUGGAUGAAAACCAGCUUGGUAUAGACGCUUAUUGAUUUUUCAAAAUCCUGUUAUUUGCCA